AACAACUGGCCGGUAAAGUCCUGCGGAGGGAGCUUGCGCAUUGGCUACUGGAGCUCGACUGCCAUGGUAUCAAAUGAAGUGGGACAGCCACCGCCAUUGAUGAUGCCUGCCACAGACUCUAAACUCACAUCAAUGGAGGACCCCCGUCAUGCAUUGGAGAAACAGGAGGGGAGCUCGACUAACAUUCCCUCCUCAGUUUCUCCUACUAUCGCCUUUUCUUCAACUUCUCUUGAUCCAAACACUACAAAACCUAAUUUGCCCAGUGAGACAAUGAUUGAGGAAAAAGCUGUUUCCAUGGCAAGUAAUGAUUGUAGCUUGUCUCUUUCUUCCCCUGCUGAAGCUAGCCCAGCCAAGCCUGCUGCAGCAUCACCUACUUUUUUUGGAGUGACUGUUGAAAUAAGCCCAGCUACCUCACAUAUAGCAUCAGCAUCUGACUCCCUAAAAUGCACAGAGACAAACAUCGUCAACAUAUCAGAAUCACCACUAUUGGUGUCUGAGUUGCCAUCUACUACAUUUGGCAGUCCAGACCUGGAAAAUGACUUUCCUACUGUGCUGACCUUCAAAGGUGUCAGUGUCACUCUGGAGAAUAACAGUGUGUGGAAACAGUUCUACAGCUGCGGAACUGAGAUGAUUCUUACUAAACAGGGGCGCCGCAUGUUCCCUUACUGCCGAUAUCGCCUGUCUGGCCUAGAUCCUAAUCGUUUGUACAGUCUGGUCCUGUCCAUAGUUCCAUCGGACCAGUACAGGUACCGCUGGAGCACAUCCAAAUGGGAGGUCAAUGGACCAGCAGAACACCAGGCCCAGGGUUUGAUUCGGGCAUUUUCCCACCAUUACUCACCGGCUCGAGGCUCGGACUGGAUGGGUACCUUGGUGUCCUUUUACAAACUCAAACUGACCAAUUUUUCCCAAGACCAUGCUGGUCACAUAAUCCUACACUCCAUGCAUCGCUACAUUCCUAGGCUACAUGUGAUACCUGUCCCGGAUGGUGACAUACUUACACCUGACCAGCCUGUGGUUAUGGGACCAGAGAGCAUGACCUUUACUUUUCCGCAAACUGAAUUCAUGGCUGUGACGACUUAUCAGAACUUUCGGAUCACCCAGCUGAAAAUUAAUCAUAAUCCGUUUGCAAAAGGCUUUAGAGAGGACGGGAACAACUCUCGCCUACAGCGGGUCACUACAGAGGCUCAACCUGUGGUGGAGACAGCCACUCAGCCAUCUAUUUUAAAACCUGCUGAACUCUGUGAAAACAAGGAGAAGGUUGUGGAUCUGAACACAAAGAAGCACAGCGUCUCUGCUUCCCUCCCAAAUGAGCAAGAGACCCGACUGGUCCUGAAGCCCAUAAUGUCUGGUCCUUCCUCUAAGGAUGAACCAUAUGUCCCCUGUAUUAGAGGAAAGCACGCCCUUGGUGAGCUUGUGCUUGUCCAAAAACGUCCACUUGUGGAACCCCAUGAAGAAACCCAUGCUGUCCGUAUAACCCCUAAGGUGCAGCGAGACUUAACGGCAAUGAUAUCCCCAACGUCUAACCCGGGAUCAUCACCUGGGUACCGCAAAAGGAGAAAGAGGAUAAACAAACGUUGGGCAAAUUCGCGGGGAAGAGAGUGGAAAGCUGCAGUUACCUCCCCCAUGCUAGUCCACAGCACAUCGACUGUCGCUAUGCAACCAGAGCUGGAUGAUGUAGAAGGCCUGCUGUUUGUGUCAUUUACCUCAAAGCAAGCUCUUGAGGUUCACUUCAGGGACAAGCCAGCCAAAAGCACACCAUCAGCAUCUCCAGUUUCCCUAACACCAGUGCAGUUUAAGGAAAGAGUGGAGGUGAUUUCAGAGACUGAUGAGGAGAAGAUAGCCCGCUUGGAGGCUAUCCUGCUGCAGGACCUCAGGGUUUUCAAACACAGUCAGGUCAUCCAUCCUGUGCUGCAGGAGGUGGGCUUGAAGUUGAGCUCCCUAGACCCAAAAAAGUCCAUCGACCUGCAGUAUCUGGGGGUUCAUCUGCCACUACCUCCGCCAAACCUACCAGAACAAGGCAAUGCCAUGGCUCUGUCUCCUGUUGAUGAGGGAUUAUCUUUCAUCUCCCGAACAGGAAAGACAAGGGACAUGACAAAAAUAAAGGGAUGGAAAAACAAGUUCAUAAGAAGCAAAGAAACAACUUCUUCUAACUGUGAUGGAUCACAAAAGAACCUAUCUGCCUUCUGCAGCAACAUGUUGGAUGAGUACUUGGAAAACGAAGCCCAGUAUAUCAGUGAGCGUGCCGCUGCCUUCUCCACAAACUCUGAGGGCUCGGUGGCCUAUCAGCUGCCUGUUAAAAGCUCCAGCUAUGUAAAGACCCUGGACAGCGUACUUAAGCAUCGAAAAGCUACUUCCAAAUUCCCUGUGGGGGCCAACAGACCCUGCCCCCUUUCCCACAAACCCCGGCUCUACUCUGCCCUGGCAUCACCGAUUCCCUUUGUGGCUGCAACCCCUGUUCAAGCAGAAGCUCAGUUACAGCAGUUUGCAUCUGCACAGCCAGUAGCACAGGGAUUAUCUACAUACCAGCCGGGGACCAGCCAGAGACCAGCAGGGAGUGUUGGGCAGAGCCAAGGGAUGACACACAGACCUUCAGGUCUCACUAAAUUGCAGCUCAAACUGUUGCAGAUGGAGUUUGAAUCUGUGAGCCAGGGUCUGGGCAGAACACAGCUGACCUCAGACAGGCUGUCUGUGGCUCUGUCUGUGAUUCUGACAAAACAGAUGCUCCCCAGUCAGGUGUUGAAAGUGGCCCAGUAUCCAAAGUGUAAAACCAUGGUACCCGAAUGUGGUCAGGAGUUCUGCACACUGGGCUGUGUGUGUUCCAGUCUCCAGCAUCUGAACAGAGGUCCCCUACACUGCCGGCGACCUGAAUGCAUGUUUGGCUGUGCCUGCUUCAAACGCAAGAUAGUCAAGCAGACGAGUGCGGGAAAGAGCGAACAACCAAUCCCGCCUGUUUACUCUAUGACUAAUAUGGAACAUGUGGUCCAGCUUCGCCCGGGUUCCCAUUCUAACAAACUGUGGAACCACAGCAUUAAUGAUGUGGAUCCAGAGGCUCUCUUGACCCCCAAAAGGGCUCCACUGUAUGUGCCACCUAUAAAGGUCGCAGCAGCAAAACGCAGCAGUGUGCCUCGUCCAAUGCAACCGAUACGAGAAGAGGAUAAGGAUCCAGUGUAUAAAUACUUGGAGAGCAUGAUGACAUGUGCACGUGUAAGAGAAUUCAACAGCAAGCCUCCCCCUGAAGUCAGCAUUGAGCUUCCUACUUCUACUCCAAACACCACAGCAAAACCACAGAAGACAGCCACUGAUAACCUGCUGGAAAAGUACCACCGAUCUCUACUGACUACUGUUAAAAAAACAGCAGAAAAGGCUUCUCAGGGGACCACCAAUGAUGAAAAAGAGGCAAAAAAGCAAAUUGAGAUCCAGUCAGCAUGUCAGUGGGCCAAGGACCGCGAAAUGGUCUUGGAAGCUUUAUGUCGGCGAAUGAAUCAGAAUAGGCUGUCUCGGCGCUUCUGGGUAGGACCUUACUGCAUCCGACCAGUCGCCAGGAUCUUCAUGCGGAAGCCCAGCGGCUCCAUCGUCACCUACAGGGUACACAUCAGUAAACCACCAAAAGCCAGUGAUAAUGAUGAAGAUGACUAUGAUGACAGCGAUGAGGAAAAGCAAGCACAUAAAAGCUUUGACGAGGACAUUGAUGCAGAAGAGGACUUUGGAAAAAAUGAGGAUUCCGAUAUGCGGGUUGGAGUAACACCCUUUUUGAGUGGAGUAUUAUCUGCCGGCAGACUAAGAGCCCACACCAAACCUGUUGGCUGCCAAGCAUAUGGACUUAUACAGGUAAAUGGCAAAGCCUACAAUCAGGCCAGACUGUUGCUGGGGAACAUGGGAUCUCUACAUCCAGCCAACCGCCUUGCAGCAUUUGUCACAGGCCGACUGCGUCCUCCUGGAGGAAUUUCUCUUAAAAACGUUCAGAAAUCCGACCCAACAAACAAAAUCACCACUCCUGGUACUGUUCACAUAAAGCCUGCUGGCACAGUAGUUCCGCCAGUUAUAUUUGCAAGGAAAAUCAAUGAUCUGAAGACACCAACACAACCAUCAGCUCCGCUAAUUCAGCCAGACUCUUGGAGAAAGGGAUCCAUCAACUUACUGCAACAUUCACAAAACUCCUCCACCGUCAAGCCUUUUGUAACGGGCACUCGCAGCUCGGUCAGCCCCUUCCAGAACAGCUCCACAUCCUCGCCCGUCUCUCUCACCGUCUCACCAUCAUUGAAAACCCCUAGCUUCUUAGGACAGAGUGGGACCUAUUCAUUCAGGAUCUGCCCUCCAGCUAACCAGGGCACCAGAGGCCAGAACCUGCAAGGAAUUACCCUGCCAGGGGGCUUCACCCUCAUUCAACUCCCUAAGCCUGGAGCUGAUGCAGCUUCAUCAGAAUUUGUGAACACUACAAACAUGGCGGGUGUGGAUAAAGCCCGGCCACAAAAAGAUGCUUUGUUAAAUUUUGGCCACGUAGCAGCUGAUACAGACGCAACUUGUCUUAGUUUGGAUUCCUUGACUGGGGCUAAGGACCUAUCAAGCAUCAAGUCAGUGGAGUCUGGAAUCUCCCCUCAGCUGAAGUGUGAUCAGAAGAUGCCCACAGGCGAGAGUGAUGAAACCAACAACAGGAAGGUGGAAUCAAACCUGGAUAUCGCUUCAGAGGACUUAAGCUCCGACUCCUCAGACUACUGUGGAGACGGUGACGAAGAUGAUGAGGUAGUGGACAUUGAGACUGUCGAAGAAGUAAGACAAGGAAUGGCCAUCGCUAAAUUGAAAGAAGCUAUCAGCAGGGCACAGAAGGACUCACGAUAUUCCAGUGAUGGUUUUGCAUCAUGCAGGGAACUCAAUGUCCAGGAUCCAAUGGACAAUGAACAUGAUUGUAAGGAUAAUAGGAGGCGAAACAACCACACAAAGCUAGAAAGGCAAAGGCGCUCUGAACAGCGCGUCCUCUUCGACAGACUCCAGGUUGUCCUUCGGAGUGACCCCAGGGCCCCCAGGCUCCGCCUCCUUUCACUGGCCCAAAAAGAAAUCAAAAAUCUGGUUGAAACCUCCAGACAUCUGGAGGAGAAGAAAAGGAGGCUAAUUCGGAUGCAGUCUAUCUAUGUGAAGGAGCUUUCCCUUUUGUCUGGGAAGUCAGACAAGCUGAUUAAACACAAGCUGACGGAGAUCUGCGAGAGGCAGAAAAUACGAGAAAAGAAGCGGGAAUGGAGUCCUUUCUUUUCCAAUCUACUCCAGUCCAGAGCAGCUCUUCUGCAAGCCACUACCUCCCAGUCCAAGGUCCAGUCCACACCCCUGCUACAGCCGGACUUCUGCACGGCUCCGUCUCAGGCUAACCCGCCCAUAAAAGCCCUAAAUACCAUGAUGUCUCUGCUUCGGUCUAACCUACAAAGGCCUCCAUCCCAAUCCACGGCUCAGACACCCAUGCCUCAAUCAGUGUGCUCUCUAACCCAGGCGAAGGCCCCUGCCCCCCCACAACCAGACGGUCAACAUCAGACAAAGUUUGAGGUCCAACAGGAGACCCCUGGUGCCCCAGCCCAGGUCAGUAUGCCCAAUUCCAACACGGAGUGCUCGGUCGCAGCUACACAUCAGGUCACUGCAGCCCAGGGUGGAGCCUCACCUGCAUCAUCGACACCCACUUCCAGCAGACCCCCUGUACAGCAUCCAAAGCCGUUCCCUCUUCCUCUGAUUCGCUCCAAGACCGGCAGAAUCAUACUUCCCUCAUCUCUGAAACCACUUGGUCAAGGCUUCUAUACACUUGUGGUCAUGGAACCCAAGCAGAAAGGAGAGGAGGGUGAAGAUGGCUCUUUAGCUAAUAUGAAAUCUUCUGAUAUGAACUCGUCUCAGAACCAAGACAAGAGCUUUUCCGAAUACGACCACUUGUCGGAUUCAGAAAGCAGUCGUAUUUUGGAGGAGGACAAAACGGUACAAUCCCCAAACUCUAAACCAAAGUGUUCAGGUGUAAAAGCCCCCCUGGCUGAGCUUGCCCUUGUUAACAAAUCAAUCUUUGUGCCCUCGGUGGCUCGGCAAGCCGUGGAUAACAGCCCGGAGGAGGGCACAGCGUUGGGUUUGAACAAAACAAUGGCCUGCUUGAGUUUUACGUGUGUGAAACAGGCUCCUACGUCUGUUGAGCCUGAUCCCAGCCCUGCUGUAGUCCGCCGUCGCAGAGGCAGGCCUCGCAAGCACCCCGUUACCCCUGUUAGUGCAAAUGAAAGACCUGCUGUGGCUGAAGACGCCAGUAAAAGUGUCUGUGAAAGUGAAGCAUCUAUUCCGGUUAAAGAGAGACAAAUUGAGAACAUCACUUAUGAGGUGACCAAGAAACAAGCGGAGAACUCCCCAGGAAUGGCUAGUGAUAACCCUGUGUCAGUCAAAAGAGGCAGAGGAAGGCCGCCGAAGAAGAAGUCUGCAGAGCUAUGGAGUUCUCCAGUUGUGCGAGCAGGAAGAAGUCCAUCUAGAUCCAACGAGGACAGCCCCGUCCGAUUUUCUCACAGCCCUCGUACUAAAUCCACGGGAAGUCCUGCAACAACCACCUUGCUCAGAGACGUCAACACGUCUCGGCCAUUAACCCGAGGUGCUUUAGGAAAGGACUUCCCCAGUGCCAAGAAACGCUCCUGGAUAGACGUAGAGAAGGAUCUGGAACCAGAGCUUGAAUCUGAAUCUGAAUCUGAAUCUGAAUCUGAAUAGUCCUCAUAUCUUCCUGUAGCUGCUAAAAAUAAUGCACAUAAUCAUUUGUCCUCAAUUAGUCUCAGCUGGAUGCUGCUCUUUUCUGUAUAUGUUUGCUCAAACCUCAGUGGACUUCAUACUAAAGAGAGAAGCUGUUUUUGGUAUGAAGAAUAUAAGAGAAAGCAUUAAUUGACCUGCUGAAUGUAUGAAUGAAAUGAAUGGUAACUCCCACGUUCAGUUUUGAUGUUGUGUUUUUUUAGAUGAAUUACUUCCCGUUAGAAACAGGAUAUUGAGAUUGAUUCAAAUCAUGUUUUUUGUUGAAGUAAUUCAUCAUUGAUCUGUCUUAUGCAAACUCAACAGAUUACUUAAUUUCAAUGUGUUAAGCGUUAACCCUUUGAAAUUCUUGUUUUCCAUUAUUAACUCAGUGAAAAUUAACUGUAGUAGCACUUUUGGUAGAAACCACCCAAGAAGUAUGAUGCCUUUGAUGUAGUCUGUAUUUUGGGGAGUUAGCUCAGUGAUAUGCAUAUAAACGUGUCACAAAGCAAUCAAGAUAAAAGCUAUUAGCCAUAUAUUGUAUCUAUGAAAAUAACCUCUGUAAAUAUUGUAUUUCUUUUUUAAUCACAAUGCAUUUACUUUGUGGAUGAUUUUGAAACACUGGUUGUACUAUUACUUCAGAAAAUGUGGAAAAAGGUGGCCUUUAAAA